ACGCCGUCAAAUAAGAUCAGCAGAUUGGAAUGGGAUAGAGAUAAGAGAUUGAGAUUGAGGGAGCUGUGACAAAUGGCGCAAGCUAUGGCUUCAAUGGCUGGACUUCGUGGCUCCACUCAGGGAGUUUUGGAAGGGAGUCUUCAGCUCAGCGGCUCCAGCCGGCUCAUCUCGCCGAGCGGCAGCAGAGUGGCUCUCAACAAACCAGGGUUCGCCGUCAGAGCCCAGCAAGCCGAAGGUGACGCCGGGAGCCAGAGCAGCCGCCGGGCGGUGCUCGGGCUGGUUGCUGCCGGGCUCGCCGGAGGAUCAUUCGUGAACGCCGUGCUCGCUGACGUCAAAUCUAUCAAGCUCGGCCCGGCGCCACCGCCGUCCGGUGGUCUCCCUGGGACGCUGAACUCCGACGAGCCAAGAGACCUGGACCUUCCAUUGAAGGAGAGGUUCUUCAUACAACCAAUCCCUCCCGCGGAGGCAGUCAAAAGAGCCAUAGUGUCAGCUAAGGAAAUCUUGGGUGUUAAAGAAUAUAUUGCCAAGAAGAAAUGGCCUUAUGUCAUGAACGACCUUCGCCUCAGGGCUUCAUACCUUCGAUAUGAUCUGAACACCAUCAUCUCUGCAAAGCCUAAGGAUGAGAAGAAAACCCUCAAGGAUCUCUCUGGGAAGCUUUUUGAUUCUAUUGCUGAACUUGAUCAUGCUGCAAAGAUUAAGAGCACCGCGGAAGCUGAGAAGUACUAUGCAAAGACUGUGGCCGCCCUUGAUGAUGUCCUUAAAAAGCUUGGCUAGUGCAGAACUCAUACCCUGUAUAUUGUUCUCCAUGCUUUCAUUCCCUUUUUUUUUUCUGCAAGAUGGAACCGGUUUUAUGUGAUUUCCUAGUAAUAAAAGCAAAUAUAUCUUUCACAUGUUCA